UUAAUAAUGAUUACUAUUUAAUAUUUCUCCACUAUUAAUUUGCCAGGAGGGUUUUAGCUAUCACCAUGUUGAUCCAAGAUAUGUAAUGUUAACCUACUGGAUUCCUGAUGAACCUUGCAUGCUUCCUGGCACAGCAACUCAUCAAAUUAGAGUAGGAGGAUUUGUUAUCAACGAUAACAAAGAGGUGCUAGUUGUGAAGGAAAAGAAAUGCCCUUCAAGGUGCCAUGGGAUAUGGAAAUUGCCAACUAGGUUCAUCAACAAGUCGGAAGAAAUAUUUUCUGGAGCUGUAAGAGAAAUCAAAGAAGAGACGGGAUAGUGUUAUGAAUGGAAAGCAAGUUAUGU